UUGGCUGAUAUUGGUAAAGAAACUUUAGCAAACGGAGAAGAAAUUCCAUUACCUAAAGUUCUAUUGGCUACAAUAGGAAAGGAUUCGAAAAAGAAUACAGUUUUGGUUUAUGGCCACUUGGAUGUUCAACCAGCCCUUAAAGAAGACGGCUGGGCCACCGAACCCUUCGAACUAACCGAAAUAGAUGGUAAAUUAUGGGGUCGUGGAUCGACUGAUGACAAGGGUCCCGUACUUUGUUGGAUACAUGCUAUUGAAGCUUAUCAGAAAUUAAAUAUUGAUUUACCUGUCAAUGUUAAAUUUGUUUUGGAGGGAAUGGAAGAAAGUGACAGCGAAGGCUUAGAUGAGCUUCUCAUGAGUCUUAAAAAUGAUUUUUUGCGUGAUGUUGAUUACGUUUGCAUUUCGGAUAAUUAUUGGUUAGGCAAAACUAAACCCUGCCUAACCUAUGGUCUACGUGGUUUGGUCUACUUUACCAUUGAAAUUGAAUGUGCUCAGAAGGAUUUACAUAGUGGUGUAUUUGGUGGUACUGUCCAUGAGGCUAUGCCUGAUUUGUGUUGGCUUUUAAGUACUUUAGUGGAUAAAGAUACUAAUAUUCUAAUACCGGGCAUUGAUAGAGAUGUUGCUCCUUUAUUACACAAUGAAUUGGAAAUUUAUGAUAAAAUUGAUCAUGAUGUUGAGGAAUUAAGUAAAAAAGAUAUCGGUGCAACUAAAUUGCCUCACAACGAGAACAAAUCUCAAUUGUUAAUGCACAGAUGGCGUUAUCCUUCUUUAUCGAUACACGGCAUUGAAGGUGCCUUCUCAGAAGCCGGUGCCAAAACAGUUAUACCCGCCAAAGUUAUUGGCAAGUUUUCAAUACGUUUAGUAUACAACCAAGAUCCCGAUCAUGUAACCGAAUGUGUUCUUAAAUAUCUAAAUGAGAAAUGGUCCGAACGUAGUUCACCCAAUAAAAUGAUAGUGAAAAUGAUAAGUUCCGCUAAACCAUGGUCUGGCGAUCCCAAUCAUCCUCAUUAUGAAGCUGCUAAACGAGCAAUAAAGCAUGUCUUCCACGUUGAACCUGAUAUGACACGUGAAGGCUGUUCUAUACCCAUAACUUUGACAUUGCAAGAGGCAACGGGUAAAAAUGUUAUUCUAGUGCCUGUGGGGGCCAGUGAUGAUGGUGCCCAUUCUCAAAAGGAAAAGAUUGAUAUUUAUAAUUACAUUGAAGGAACUAAACUCUUGGGAUCUUAUUUAUAUGAAGUUGGUCAAUUAAAUUAAGUUUACUUUCAUUAUUAAAUACAUUAUUGAAAAACAAGAUUUAAAUCUGGGUAAGAAAUGUUCUGCGGGUUAUUUUUAAACGUAAAAAAAAAACUU